GCAUGCGCACUCGUUUCCUUUCGCGUCCCAAUAACAAUCAUUGAAAACGAGUAGCAAGCCCCCCGACGAUUGCAAAUUCAUCGUCUCUAGGUCUUUAAUUUUCAACCAACGAAAGCUAUCAUGGCAGAAUUACGACAUCGAGGAGCGAUGGAUAAAGAGUUUCAGCAUCAGAACUCGGAGGAUAAGGGUUCUGAGACAGACGGCAGGUCUGAGAGAGACGGAGCCUCAGACAAUGAGAAUAAAUCGGACUCUGGGGUUCCUGAGGUUCCUGUUCCUCCCGAUGACACACCAGAGGUUCUCAACAAAGCCCUUUCAGGUCUCUCUUCCCGAUGGAGGAACUGGUGGGUGAGGGGCAUUCUGACUUUGGCUAUGAUUUCCUUCUUCUUCAUCAUUAUUUAUCUGGGUCCGAUGGUGCUGAUGAUGAUUGUGCUAUGUGUUCAGAUCAAGUGUUUCCAUGAGAUCAUCACAAUUGGUUACAGUGUCUAUCACUCAUACCACCUGCCCUGGUUCAGAACAUUAAGUUGGUACUUCCUACUAUGUGUGAACUACUUCUUUUAUGGUGAAACGGUGACGGAUUACUUCUUCACCCUGGUGCAGAGGGAGGAGCCUCUACGCAUCCUCAGCAAAUACCAUCGCUUCAUUUCCUUCGCUCUUUACCUCACAGGGUUCUGCAUGUUUGUUUUGAGUCUGGUGAAGAAACACUAUCGCCUGCAGUUUUACAUGUUUGGUUGGACUCAUGUGACUCUCCUGAUUGUGGUGACUCAGUCCCAUUUAAUCAUUCAUAACCUGUUUGAAGGGAUGAUCUGGUUUAUUGUGCCAAUCUCCUGUGUUAUCUGUAAUGACAUCAUGGCUUACAUGUUUGGCUUCUUUUUCGGCCGCACCCCUCUCAUCAAGUUGUCUCCUAAGAAGACAUGGGAGGGAUUUAUUGGGGGCUUCUUCUCCACUGUUGUGUUUGGCAUCCUGCUGUCCUAUAUGAUGGCAGGUUACCGUUUUUUCGUGUGUCCAGUGGAGUUUAAUAAUGACUCAAACAGUUUUACAGUGGACUGUGAACCAUCUGAGCUCUUCCAGCUUCAGGACUACGGCCUGCCGUCUGUGCUGCAGUCUGUCACAGGCUGGACGACAGUGAAGCUGUACCCGUUCCAGAUCCACAGCAUCGCUCUGUCUGCUUUUGCUUCAAUCAUGGGACCGUUCGGAGGCUUCUUUGCCAGUGGCUUCAAAAGGGCCUUCAAGAUCAAGGACUUUGCCAACACCAUUCCCGGUCAUGGAGGAAUCAUGGACCGCUUUGACUGUCAGUACCUAAUGGCCACAUUUGUAAAUGUUUACAUUGCCAGCUUCAUCAGAGGGCCAAAUCCCACUAAAGUCAUCCAACAGCUUCUUGCCCUAAGACCAGACCAACAGCUCCACAUCUUCAACUCACUUAGGGCCCAUCUGACAGAGAAAGGCCUGCUCCCUGCCCUAGAGGAGGCAGCCUAACCUGAUGCCACGAUCCAGGGAAAUCCCACCAAUGUGGGCAGAUGAUAGAGUAAGGGGAUUCAGGCAAGAAAGUAUUAGAUGGGAAACAUGGGAAAAGAGACUAUGGAAAACUGAAUUACAAUACAAUGUUGGGUCAUUCCAUUUUCAAUGUGUUUGAGAGAAUGAGUGUGUGCGCGCGCAUGCAAAUAAGUGUUUUUGCCUUUGUGUUAUUUUAAACAUUUCUUUUGUGAAUUUUUAUGUUUAUCAAGAAUAUUAUUAUAUAUAUAUAUAUAAAAGGAUGACACUUCAUCUACAUUACAGUUCUUUUUGAGUUGAGCAUUUUCACUUGUGUACAAGUGUUCUGUACCUAUUGUGUCUAAAUAUUUUAUGUGUUUAAUGGUUUAUUGUGUUUUAUUUAGUUUUAAUGCACUGCUCAUCACACUGUCAUUUCAACCUCAGGCCAAAUUUUGUCUUUUGCUAGCCAAUGUUCUCAUAAGACAUCAUCGUUUCAAAGAUUGUAUUUUUACUGCUGGGUACUCACAGAUUUAGUGUGGAUUCAUGUUGCUUUUCCUGUUUCUCCGUUGAGAUCCAUUUGUUACAUUUUUAAUAGAAAGUAUUUGUUCAAUGAUGCUAAAUAAACGCUUUAAACCAUUAGGUAGAUAUAUUUAAAGUUCAGCCUCAUGAGACUACUGCAAAUGACAGGCAGGUGAGGAGUUUUUCUGAGUUUAAAUCAGAAUUUUUAUUUAAAUAGUCUACACUGUAAAAUAGUGAAAGUUGGAUUAAUUAAACAAAUUACUUAACAAUUGGUAACACCUAUUUUCACGUACAUUGAGAAAAUUUAAGUUGACAAAGUAGAUCCAACGUUCACUUUUUACAGUAUAUGCAUGUGACAGAAUUAAGUUGAAAUAGUCUCACGGCAAAAAAAAAAAAUAUAUAUAUAUAUUUUAUUAUUAUUUUUUUUUUUCCGUGAGACUAUUUCAACUUAAUUUUAUAUAGUAUAUAUAGUUACUCCGGACAGUUUAGAGAUUGUUACACAAACUUAGUUCGCACUGAAGGUUAAAAGGUUAUUAACAUUAUGUUUAAGAGUCUAACAUCUUUAUCAUUCAUAGUUUUAUUUAAAUUCUCCAUUGUUGCUUAAGAGAUACAAAGUCUUUGUUUUGUGUGUGAAUUGUUAAAUAGUUAUGUUACAUAUGUUAUCUUGUCAUCGGAUAUAUUUCAUGUGUCAUUACAAUUGUUUUUUUUUUUUGUUCUUUACUGUAAAGACCAAACUUUCCUUCCAGUUCAUUUUAUGUUUUUUCAUCCGCUUUGUUUUUACCAUCACCUACUGUAACAUCCUGCUCAAUCCAAAAAUAAGGACAGAAAGGAAGUUAUUUCAUGCUGAAGAAAGGGAAGCAUAUUGAAAAUAACUUGUGUGAAAGACUAGGCAUGUCCUCAGGUCAGUCUGUACAUUCACCAAUAAAUAUCCACGAGCAUGCAUGUGUACAAUCUUAAUAAUUGUACCCUCAAAGCGUUUCAAAACGAAGAACUGAAGGAUAAAUAGGCAGCUUAGUUUCCGGUGAUUUAAAGAAAAGUUUAAUCUUUCACUAAGAAAUCAUUCUAUACUUUUCUUUAAUAGGCAAACUAUUUCUUAAGGGGAUAGUUCACCCAAAAAUGAAAAUUCUGACAUCAUUUACUCACUCUCAUGUUGUUACAAACUUGUAUAAAUGUCUUUGUUCUGAUGAACACGAAGGAAGAUAUUUUGAGGAAUGUUUGUAACCAAACCGAUGAUGAGCCUGAGAUAAAAGAAUACUAUGGAAGUGGAUGUGGCUCAUGAACGGUUCUGUUACAAACAUUCCUCAAAAUAUCUUCCUUCGCGUUCAUCCGAACAAAGAAAUGUAUACAGGUUUGUUACAACGUAACUGUACAUUCACACCAGACGUGGAGCCGCGAAUAGGGCAAAGACGUGAAUAGGGAAGCUGCUAAUUGAGCGUUGCCGCGGGAAACGUGCAAAUUGAAAAAUCUGAACCUUGGCAGAUAUUCGCGCCGUGUUAACCAAUCAGGAGCUUGCUCUAGUAGUGACGUGAUGACAGGAAGCGAGCGGAGUCGCAGAAGCCCCUCCCAUGACGCGAAUUUGUGAAUGUCUUGAAUGACUAGAAUUUCACGAGCGAAUGAUGCGUGUAAACUCAAAAAAUGUUCAAGCGUCUAAUGCUGCGUUUACACCAACGGCGUUUCAGGCGUCAAAAUCACGUCUAUUGCGCCUAGUUUGCCGGUUGAACAGUUUGAAUGCGGAUUUUGCCUUUAGCAUCAGAGGCAAAAUCCGCUUCUUGUGGGAGGGGCAAGUGCUAUGCAGUUUUCUUUGCAGGAUAGCUGAUGUUGAUUGUGCAUUUAUCGACAGAGUUACCGGUUUGUAUUCAGUCACCUUACUAUAGGGGGAAAAUAAAUGGUGCGGGUCGAUAAACGUCACUUGACUCAAAAGUGAAAUGUGUAUUUACAACUUACUAGGUUGCCCAGUGUCCUCACUGACACUCUUCCAAGCGAGGUCAUUUUUAUUCCUGUCUCCAGAAAUAAGAACUUGUGUCGUAUAGCUCUGCUCACGGGCAAUAUUCAUGCUGAAGCAGCAAGCAGGCUCUUGAUUGGUUAACGCAGCGCGAAAAUCCACCAAAGUUCAAAUAUUUCAACUCGGGCGUCAGCCGCAAAUUCGCGUCAAACGCAAAAUUCACAAAAGCACCAUUCGCGUGUACCGCGCCAGGCGCUCAAUUCGCGCAAACUAAACGCUGUGAAUGAGGCGGAAUCGCGUCUUCCGCGCCAAACGCCUCAUCCGCACCGCGAGACCUCCAGACGCGCGUCAACGUGUCUUCACAUUGACUUAACAUUGAAAUCACUCGCGCUUCACGCCUCUACCGCACGGCUGGUGUAAACGCAGCAUAACUACGCAUGUUUAGCACGUUUUUGACGCCUAUUGCGUCUGGUGUGAAUGCACAGUAAGAUUGAGUAAAUAAUGAAUUAUCAUUUUUGGGUGAACUAUCCCUUUAACUUUUACAGCUUUUUCAUUUUAGGUGACAAAACUCGCUUGAGAUCACCAUCAUCAGUGUUUAAGUGGUGCAAAAUGUUUCUUAAAGUCUUUUAUGUUAUCGUAUUAGUUCAAUCCCAUGUCCUGAAUUUAUAAAGAAAAUGUAUGACAUAUAAGUAAAGAUAAUAUAUACUGUAUAUGUUUAAAGUAGAGAUUCUAUUUAUUUUACCUUUUUGAAUGGUCCUCUAAGUCGAUCUGUGCUCUUUGUGUAUGCGUAUGCUGUGUACAAAGACCAGACAAAACUGAUAGAGCAAUUUAAAAGUUUCAUAGCUAAUAGAGAGAGAGAGAGAGAGUCUGUAACUGAUGUCAGGCUUUGACACUUUUAGGUGGUUUACCAUAAAUGGGCAUUUAUGAAAAGCAUAAUUUCUUAGAUCAUUCAACAUAUAAUAAAUGUAUCGCAUGAGCCAAACAGAUGCUCAGUCUUGUGUGUGUCGUCAUAACACUGUGUGCACUACCGCUAGAGGGAGCCAGAGCGUCACUUUUGUAUUACAGUUAAUCAGUACAUUUGAUUGUGUCUCUGCUUUUGCAUCUUGUUUCUGUCUGCUGCCAUGAUGAUUUUGUCUCUUUUCCUAUCAAGUGAUGCUCAUGUAUUGCUCAUUGGUUGUCUAAUGUGUCAGAUAGUUAAACUGUGCAGUUUUACAUUCUGUAUUUGCUUAUUUUCCACAGAACUGUUGCAGUAAUAGAAACGUGUUUCCCACGCUGCCCUUUUGGUUUUUCACCGAUAAAAAGUAACUCCUCUCUGUUGAACAAAAUGACAACAACAGUACACGAAGUUGUAGUUAUUUUGUGCUAAGUAUUAUGGUGUUUCUGUUGCUUUGUAAUUUUCGAUAAAGCAGAUAAAUGUGCUUUCCUUGCCGCUUUGUGUACGGUGAUUAAUCAUUUCUAAAUAGUUAAUAAAGAGGAAAGCUCAAUAUGUACACCCACA